AUGACUUCAUGGGCCUGUUUAUCACGCAACGAUGAUUACUUCCUGUCUCGCGUCAUCCUGCGAAUACGCUGGCAUUACACGACCCGAAACACACUCACUGAUCAGUUUGCGAUUUAUCUCCCGCGGAGUCGAGAAAUAUCACUGAGGUCUCAACCAAUCCUCUGGAGUCGCAUGUUCCAUACACAUUAUCCUCUCCAACUCUCCUCCGCUAAGCCAACGCCAUGGCCCAGUUCUUUUUUCCUUUCCUUGUUCGGCUUCACCAUCACCAUCAUCGUCGUCGUCAUCAUCAUCAUCAUCAACAACAACAACAAGUACAACAUCAGCGUGACGGUUUUCUACAAAUUCCACAUAUCGUUAAACGCGUCCAACUCAACAACACUUCCUCAACCGACUUUUCUCAUGACUUCAUCGGGAUCUUCGUCGCGUUCGGGUGCUACUUCAGAGUCGUCGGCCCCAAUCUCGACACCACCGACCGACCCUAGCCCCAUUCGCCUCGAAUACGUCCAAGUGGCUCUCACUCCUCGAGAACACAAGAUUGUCUCUUAUUCCAACGAGCUUUACAAGUUCCACAAGCGAUUGUGGCUGGAUGCAUUAAAACAGGGCGAAGCUGGAGCAGCAUUUCAAGCGAAGAGUGACCUGGCAAAAGCGUCGUCACGCCAGCGACAUCGUAAUAGUUCAACAAUCGAAGGCGUCAAGCGGCCAGCAUCAGCACCUCCCAUUAACAUUAAAUGGUAG